AUAGGCAAUCAGCUGAUGGAGGAACAAAAUAUUUUGUUAAUGUUUUAAAAUGUCUACUGCAACUAGCAAGUGGCGAACCUCGGCCAGUCUCAUCCUAGUCUCCAAAGAGGCCAACAAGCACCAAGAUUACAAUCUAUUGAUGCUCAAGCGCAGCGAUCCCACAGCAAUCGUAACGAAUCAAACUGUCUUCCCUGGGGGCCUGCUGGACAGCGAGGCGGAUGAAGGCGUUUCCUGGCUGCAGUAUUUCGAGGAGUUCGGUGUGCCACAGGAGGCCCUGAGGCGCCUGGUGCUGAUCCGGGAUGACAGGCCAGCUAUACUGGCGCCCCAGGGCACGGGCUGCUAUGACCGGUUCUUCAAGCGCUCGAAUAUUUGGUCGCGUGAGAUUACACUACGCCUGACCGCUUUGAGGGAGUGCUUUGAAGAGGUUGGAAUUCUCCUGGGUCGCAGUAAAAAUGAAUUAAACUUUGGUAAUAUUGCCUUGCCAAAGGAGCUCACAGAUCGGAAGGCUUGGCAGCGACGAGUGCACAACAAACCCAGCGAAUUUCUUAACCUAUGUCGGCAGCUACAGGUGGUUCCGGAUUUGUGGGCCCUACACGAAUGGUCGGCCUGGGCCAGUCCUUCCAUCGUCCGCAAAGGCUAUGAGACUGUCUUCUUCGCAGCUUUUGUGGACACACAGCCCAGCCUGCUUGGGGAGUCUUCUGAGGUCAAGGAGACUCUGUGGCUUACUCCGUUGGAGUUUCUGCGACUGAACAAAGGGGGGAAUCUCUGGUUUAUGCCCCCUCAAUUCUACGAGCUGGCGCGACUUGCUGGAGUCGGGACGUACAAAUCUCUUCUGGGCUUUGCCACAAAUCGCAGCAGGAUGGGUACCACCAUGUUCAUGCCUUUGCUCUAUGCUUGCGAGGGCUCUAUGGUGUAUGUCUUGCCUGGCGAUGACUACUACUUGCCAGAGCCGCAACAUGUCGAUGAGAUCAUCAGUUUUGCCGGCACCGUUGAUGAGUUUAGGGCGCGCUCAAAGAACUUGCAUCGGUACACUUUUGGGGCCUUGGUUCAAAAUCUGGAAAUUAACAUUCCCCCACCAAAUGGGCACUUGAGACCGCAGAGUGUCUCUAACGAGCGUCAAAAGCUUUAGCCACAUUCCACAGAUAAAUCCUGCUGGGCUGCCCGUCGAGGUGACCCCCAGUAACCUCACCCCAUCUGCUUAGCUCUGAUAAGAUACUUAAUGUGACCUUUUAAACGGCGGGGCCUCAAAUCGUUAUGAAAUUAUUCUAAGCGGAUUUGGCUGGGCAACUAAAUAUCCAGUCCCUGCUCUGGACGGCAUUAAUUAUAAUUUUAUAGGCGACACUUUAAUUAAAAAACUCUAGUUUAGGUUCAACUCUGCCAUAAGUUAGCGUAAGAUUGAAGCCGUGUUGUCUCAGAGGGGGAUGGAUGCGCACAUCAAAAGCGCAACUCUAUGCAUAUUCAUGGCCCCCUGGCAACCGCAAAUCGAAGCGGGACUGGAAGGGCAAGUGGAUGGCCAGACAGAGCACAUGAUUUCAUCCCAUUAGGAAUGCAUUUAAAUCACUUUGUGCUUGCCUCCCCCCAAUCUGUGUCGUUCCGCCACCUGCCGUGUGACUUUGUGCGCUUUACAGCCUUGUUCUGAGCCCCAGGCUCUCAGGCAUGCCGUUUAAAAAUCAAAAACUGAGCGCACUGCUCCCCACUUCUGUUUGCUUCGUGCCUGCUCGACUGUUUAUUAUGCAUUGUAAAGGACCAGGCCAGAGCAGGGCAAGCCAACCCUCGACGGGGGGGACUGAAUGACUGGCACACAGGGGGUGGGUAAGAGUGGGACAGGGGAAGCUUGCCUCUGUAACAAUUACUUCGUUUAAUUUAACCUUUUGUGGGUUUCUUCCGGCGUUUAUUGUUCUGAUGUUCAUUUAAUAUCGAUUAAUUAUGCUAUUAAGUGGCGGGGAACUGGGAGGGAGGCUGUUCAGCUAUGCUGGGAGAUGCUGGGAGAGUACCUGAAACACUGAAAUCCUAAUUAGUUGGCAACGCAGGCCGAGAGGUCUGCAAAGCUGCUCAUAAAUUACAAAUUAAAUUUAAAUGCAUAAUGUGACAAAAUGCCUGUGUGAGUUAUGAGCGGCGGCAGGCAAAGCGGCUUAGAAGCUGCUAAGAUGUUGGGUGCUUGGGCAAAUGAGAAUCCCAGGCCGACAGGUUGAAAAACUUCUUGAUUUAUGCACGAGUAGGUGGUACUCGGUGGUGUAUGGUGGAUGGUAUACCGAGAGAGAAGACAAGACACCAUGUAAUUGAAUUUUGAGCUCAUUUUCAUGAUAUAAAGCUGAUUUACGUGGUCGCCGAUAAGGUGUGGGUACGUACUGUUGGAAUUGGCUUAUUAAUUGGCCAAAAGCGUACAAAUGCAUAUCACGUACUUUUUUCUCAGUCUUUGUCAAGCCCAGUGCCCAAUUAUAGUGAUUACUCCUCUAGACAGACCCGGACAAGGUCCGAGAUGUCCUGCACCUGCAAGUGACAUGAAUACCAAAUCCCAUCCAGAUCGAUUCGCAAGUAAUUGACAACUUCUCGCCGGGACUUCCCACGGGUAUAACCAAACACUCCACACUCCACACACUACCACAGCGAGAGAUUUAUUUUUAUGGCGUGCAUUGUUUGCACUCAACUCGACUUCGUUCGGUUCGCCCGCUCGAGGCAAGGACAGAACCGGGGGGCGAGAGCGUUUGGCGGGCAACUAAAUGAGUAUUACCGCAAUAAAUCGCCGCAAUUCAUUUAAGGGUCGGGCACCGGGCUGGCAACCCUUAAAUCAGCCAGCAGCAGCAGGAGAAGCUGCUAACUGUUGAUGAGAGAAAGCCAUCUCCAUCUACACCCCCGAACCAGAGCCCGAACCCGAACCCACAGGGAGAUGGGGAACCACCCACUACUCGUCAGACCGUGAACCUGUUACGGGAUGUCAGAUUGUCACUGGGGAAAUUGCCGUUCAGGGCAGAAACUUAAGCUGGGGGAGCCUUGUACUCCAACUGGUCGGACAAAUUGCAUCAAUUGACUUGCGUGUUCAACAUAAUGGCAAUUUUGCCUGCCUCUGCCCCCUGUGGGUGUGGUGACGACAGUUGGACUAAUGUGUUACAUGAUUUUCUAAUGAUGUCUUUAUUUCGUAGCUGAGAAACAGGUAUGGAGCACCAAAAGAUCUUGAAUUGAGGUUGAUUACACUAGAUCCGUUCCGUUUGAGGACUUUUAAAAAUAACUGAAAACCAAACCAGCUCUUUCCUGGUGGGUAGUAGGGCCGAUAUACAUAUGUAUCUUCAAGGGUGUCUAGCUUUCGUAUCUUUCUUAUUUUUGUUCCGUUUCCCCCGACCUUCUAUCUCCAUGUGAGGUAAGGAGGGAAGCUGUGGAUUAUACUCUUAAAAUAAUUUGAUUUUUAUACAAAUACUAAAGAAACGCAAUCGAACUUAUAUUUUCUAUUUGAAAUACAAUGAAAAUCGCUCUUUCAUGUUGAACGAAAGCACUAUGCAAAUGCUCAUUUGAUUGGACGAGAAACAACAUCAAAUAAUGCUCCUCAAUUUGAAUUUUCCUUCUUAUAUUAAAUGCACAUCGAAUAUGAGCAUACAUAUUUGGUGAAAAUUUUA